UUACCCACUGACAGGACAAUAUUCCACAUUCUGCUACUUUCUUUAAUUGUUAUGUGGGUGGAGUUACUGGUGUGUCAGGCACUCUGGGGUUAAUGUCUGCACCGGUAUUGGCUGCUGGGAAAGAGGAGACACCCAAUGGAGUCCUGAAAGUUGAUGAGCUCUCUCUCUACACUGUGCCACAGCAGACAUUUCGUUAUGUGGAGCCUGAGGUGGGGCAGGUGGAACAGGGAGUGUCAUCACUGAGGAAAAUGGCAGAGCCCUACAUCACCAAGUGUCAGCAAACAAGCCACUCCAUCAGGCAAAGAGUCAAGGGUGUGUAUGAGAAAGUGAAGCCCAAAGUGGACGGUGCUAUCCAGUUUGGACAAGAUAGCUACGUGUACCUGCAGAAUCCUCCACCUGAGUUUUACCCACGUGCGGGAGUCAUUGGUUUCGCUGGAAUACUGGGCCUCUUCCUGGCCAGAGGCUCCAGGCUGAAGAAACUCAUUUACCCAGCGGGACUGAUGAGUUUGGGAACUGCCAUGUACUAUCCCCAACAGGCAGCAAACAUCGCCAAGAACACAGGUGAUUGUCUGUAUGACUGCGCAUUGCAGGCAUAUGUUGCUGUGGAGACACUGGUAAAACCCUCCCCGAAGCCCAUUACAGAAAAGAAUCCUGAGGACAAAGCCAGUGCACAGAAGGCAACCUGAAUUUCAAACGGUGUGGUGUCACUCGCUGUGAGGGUGUGUUCAGGGCCAGCAGGUACAUCCAACGUUCCUUCGCUGAGACUCAGGGCCUACUUUUGCACUAUUCAUACUUGUUGAAGAGGAGUGUUGUUCAGCCUGAUAUGUGAGAAGAGCUUCUGUCAUGUGAAUAUUUGUGAGAUCUUUCAUUAAAGAUGUUACUGUUCCAUUA